AUGGCGACGCUCCGGCGAGCCGUGAGCACCGUCCGCAUACCUUAUCCGAUACCACUCCCCACCGCGGCGCGGCUCGCACAGGCACAGCCGAUGCUCCCGAGGAGGGCCAUCAUAGCGCCCACGCUCGCCGCCGCACUCGCGCUGGCUGCCAUGUGGCGUCCGGGCCGCCUCCUCGCGGGCUCCGUCGAUGACCUCGCGCACGUGCCCGUCUCGGGGAGGGAGCGGGGCGGGUACUUGAAUAUGCAGCAGGGGCCCCGCUCCAAGUACAACAAGCCCAGACUACCCAGUCCCACUCCCAGCAGCCGUGACGCCACCACAGCAGCCGCGGGCGCUGCGUUUCCGGGGAGAGAAAUGGCCGCCAGCGCCGCCGACGCCGGCGCGGGGCUCAGGUCGGAGUUCCUCCAGGUCCUGCUCAGCCGCCGCCGCGAUCUCCAAGUGCCUCUCUCGGUGGAGAAAGGGAGUCCAGUGAAGAACCCGUUGUACCAAAAGCCUCUGUCGCCCAAUGAGGCAAAUCCGAUGAAGUCGUGCCCCAGUAAAGAAGUGGAGAACUUCAAGGAGAAGCUGGUUGAAGAAAAUUUCUACUUAAUCACUGAGCUAGGUGAACAAGGACGAGUACCUGUACUUCUGCUGAAACUUAAUGACCCUGUCCCUAAAAGAAAACCAGCUAUUGUAUUCUUGCACAGCUCUUACAAAUGCAAAGAAUGGCUGCGCCCUCUGCUUGAGGGAUAUGCCUCCAGGGGUUACAUUUGUGUUGCUAUUGACUCUCGCUAUCAUGGUGAAAGGGCCAGCAAUGAAACCACUUAUAUAGAUGCACUGAAAUCGGCUUGGCGGAAUGGGGAUACAAUGCCUUUUAUUUUUGACACGGUGUGGGACUUGAUAAAGCUUGGAGACCACCUUAGUGAGAGGGAGGACAUCGAUCCCUGUAGGAUUGGGAUUACUGGUGAAUCGCUUGGAGGAAUGCACGCAUGGUUUGCUGCUUUUGUGGACACACGGUAUAGUGUCAUUGUUCCUAUAAUCGGUGUUCAGGGAUUUCGGUGGGCCAUUGAUAACAACAAGUGGCAAGCUAGGGUGAAUAGCAUAAAACCUUUAUUUGAAGAAGCAAGAAUUGACUUAGGAAAGAGUGAAAUAGAUACACAAGUUGUUGAAAAGGUUUGGGAAAAGAUAGCACCAGGUCUGGACUCGCAAUUUGAUGCCCCCUAUUCACUUCCUUUGCUUGAACCACGGCCGCUGCUCCUUCUAAAUGGCGCUGAAGACCGUCGCUGCCCAAUAGGUGGUUUAGAAGAAGCUACUUCAAGAGCUGCUAAGGCUUAUGAAGAAUCUGGUUCUGCGGAGAAGUUCAUGUUCAUUGCAGAGCCUGGGAUCGGCCAUCGAAUGACAAUCGACAUGGUGAAGGCAGCAAGCGAAUGGUUUGGGAAAAAAGCACCAGAUCUGGACUCGCAAUUUGAUGCCCCAUAUUCACUUCCUUUGCUUGCACCACGGCCGCUGUUCCUUCUACAUGGUGUUGAAGACCCUCUUUGCUCAAUAGGUGGUUUAGAAGAAGCUAUUUCAAGAGCCGCUAAGGUCUCUUCCUGCUUUUUUUAA